AUGAAAAUCUUCAGUCUUAUUUCAUUCGCCGCUAUUUUAAAUCAUCUGACGCCUGUACUUGCCGCUUCGGAUUAUGAUUGUGGUCCAGCGCGUAUUCCUGGGAGUCGCAUACAAAACGCUUAUGAUGAGGCCCACAGACCAAAAUUUCAAGCUAACAGUCGUACUUACGAACCCCGUGAACUUUUUACUGUAGGAACUUAUGAACACGAACAUCAGGAAGAUACUGAAACUAUAAAAUUCAUAGUCAAAGUGGGAGGUACAUUUGAAAGGGAAAUUCUUUGGGUAAAAGCUUUUGCUAACAGGGAAUGGUUUCAUUGUGAGCCAGCGACAGUCUAG